AUGGACCGGGAGGUUCUGCCGGGAUCUACGGUCCAACAAGCUGUGCCCGCCCACCUCCCUCUGCACAAAAUGGGGCCUGAGGACGACCCGGAGACAUUUCUGGAUUUAUUUGAAAAGUCGGCCGAGGUACAGGACUGGCAGCGGCACAGCAGCUUCCGGUGCAGCCUCCGGGCCUUCGUGAUGGCCCAACAGCUCCGGGACUCUUGCCUCAAAUGGUUGCUAGCCGACGGAAGCGACGUGGAAAAGAUAAUAGAUCGUGUGGUGCUGGAACAGUUCGUCACUCGGCUAGCAAGAAGAACUGCCAAGGGGGUCCAGUGCCACUGCCCCACGUCGCUGGAGUCGGCUAUUGAUCUUGAGGAGGACCAUAUGCUGGCGUCUCAGCGCAAUGAGGUGGCGGCUCAGUUAUUGCGGAGGUCACAGAGGAAGGACUCAGUCUCAGAUUAUGCCAUACAGUUCCAGAUGUUAGAUGCGGCGUGUGGCUGGAAUGAGAGUGCACUGCGUGCACAUUUUCUUGAGGGGCUGGAGUUCCUCAUUGCCGACGAACUCGCGGCCAUAGAGCUUCCGCGGGAGCUGGAUAACUUGAUAAAUCUCGCACUCCGUAUUGAGGGCCGUUUCAGCCACUGCCGCAAACAUCGGCAAACUCCCACUCCUUGGCGCCAACUGGAGUCCACUUCGGCCAGUGCAACCAGCCUUCAGCUCUCGGAGGAGGAACCCAUGCAACUGGAUGGGGACAAAAAUCUUUCUAAACCGUUGCUUCACCCUGGACACGACCGCUUCCCUGGCCACUGCCAUGACCUUCUCCCUGGCCGCUGCCGCUUCCCUGGCCGCUUCCACGACCUUCUCCCUGGCCGCUGCCGCGACCGCUUCCCUGGCCGCUGCCAUGACCUUCUCCCUGGCCGCGACCGCUUCCCUGGCCGCUGCCGCUUCCAUGACCUUCUCCCUGGCCUCUGCCACGACCUUCUCCCUGGCCGCGACCGCUUCCCUGGCCGCUGCCGCUUCCCUGGCCUUCUCCCUGGCCGCUGCCGCGACCUUCUCCCUGGCCGCUGCCGCUUCCGCUUCCCUGGCCGCUGCCGCUUCCGCUUCCCUGGCCACUGCCGCGACCGCUUCCGCUUCCCUGGCCACUGCCGCGACCGCUUCCGCUUCCCUGGCCACUGCCGCGACCGCUUCCGCUUCCCUGGCCACUGCCGCGACCUUCUCCCUGCCCGCUGCCGCUUCCGCUUCCCUGGCCGCUGCCGCGACCUUCUCCCUGGCCACUGCCGCGACCGCUUCCGCUUCCCUGGCCGCUGCCGCGACCUUCUCCCUGGCCGCUGCCGCUUCCCUGGCCGCUUCCACGACCUUCUCCCUGGCCACUUCCACGACCUUCUCCCUUGCCACUUCCACGACCUUCUCCCUGGCCACUUCCACGACCACUUCCGAUUCCCUGGCCGCUGCCGCGACCUUCUCCCUGGCCGCUGCCGCGACCGCUUCCGCUUCCCUGGCCACUGCCACUGCCGCGACCGCUUCCGCUUCCCUGGCCACUGCCACUGCCGCGACCGCUUCCCUGGCCGCUGCCGCUUCCACUUCCCUGGCCGCUGCCGCGACCUUCUCCCUGGCCGCUUCCACGACCUUCGCCCUGGCCGCUGCCGCGACCGCUUCCGAUUCCGCUUCCCUGGCCGCUGCCGCGACCACUUCCGCUUCCCUGGCCUCUGCCGCGACCACUUCCGCUUCCCUGGCCGCUUCCCUGGCCGCUGCCGCGACCUUCUCCCUGGCCGCUUCCCUGGCCACUGCCGUGACCUUCUCCCUGGCCGCUUCCCUGGCCACUGCCGUGACCUUCUCCCUGGCCGCUUCCACGACAACUUUCUUGACCUCUUCCCUGACCACGUGGUUCACUACAUGCAUAGCCACUGGUGGUUAGGCAACAUUUCUGUCUGGCAGGACACUGGCCAUCAUGGAUGCACCUUGUAG